AGAGCGGGCGGCCGCGGCCGGUAGAGGAGCGAUCCGCCAGGCGACCGGCGAGGGACGGGCCGCAGGGACGCCGGGCAAGGACAGAGGGCCGGACCUUUGUGCCCUGGGCCCGCGAGCUGGCGCCUGCGACGCCCUCUGACCCCGGGCGCGUUCGGACUUUCAUCCUGAUUAAUCAAGAGUGAAAAAAUCUGAAGAAAUGCAAGCAGGACAAAGAAAUUAAACUAGGCCAGAGGAGCGAUGCAACAGGCGUGAUGGAGGUCGAGUCCUCCUACUCAGACUUUAUCUCCUGUGACCGGACAGGCCGUCGGAAUGCGGUCCCUGACAUCCAGGGUGACUCGGAGGCCGUGAGCGUGAGGAAGCUAGCUGGAGACAUGGGCGAGCUAGCACUUGAGGGGGCAGAAGGAGAGGCAGAGGGAAGUGCCCCCGGCAAGGAGGCCAGCAGCCAGCCUGAGAGCAGUGCCGCGAGCGCCUCGUCGUGAGUCUAGAAGAGAGACCUGCUGUACCUCCUGGGACUGGAGCCCUGGCACAGCCCACAGCCCAGGCCAGCCAGGCCGCCUGAGAGCCUCAUGGAGGCCUCCCUGGCCCCUACUCCAGCAAAGUCCUCUGCCCACACCACAGGCUCCACUCUCCCACACCUUCCCAGGGUGCCCAGGUACACUUUGAAGACACCAUUACCACAACAUGUUAUUUAUUCAGCUAGGCGGGGCUCAAGCCAGGCCCUGCCCCCAGGGGAGUAGCCCCCACCUGGACAAGGACUGUCCCAUCACCACUCUUUCCCUCCAGCCAGCUGUCUACAUUGGAAAGAUCUUCCUAGUCCUUUUUUAAAGCCUCUUUUACAUUUUUAAAAAACAUAACCUUUUUCAGCAGAGAAGGGAGAACUGACAAUCACCUUUUCCUGUUUUGGUUUUGGUUUUGGGUUUUGGUUUGUCUUGAAAGCCGUUUUAAGCUUAGUUGUGAUGAUCUAUGCAGCUUUAAGUUCCCUUGUGGAGCCUCACAGAUCCAGUUUUGGGAAAGGAUUUGGACUCAAAACUAACUGACCAAUUCUUUGCCCUUUGUACCAAGAGACUGAUACUUAGGCCCAGGAAAUAAAUGCUGGUGAUUUGUG